AUGUCAACAAACCUCCAAAAAUUCUUCAUAAUUUUCUUAAUUUUUACAUCCAUCAACAGCUCAUCGUCCAUUAAAGUUCAAUGUGAAUUCAGCAUAGAAUCAAAAUUUACUCCAAUGCCUUACGUCUAUUCAUGCGUGGUGAUUCGUGACUUGAAAGUAAUCAAGCCAGGCACAAUAGUUGAUGAAAUUGAAGGCAAUCAUGAAGUCAACAAGUUCAACAAUGACGUAGCUGCAGUUUAUUUAGAGAAUAAGGAAAUGAAUUUUUUGCUAACCGGAUUCACGACAUUCUUUCCUAAACUUAUAACAAUGUCAAUGAUGUCAUGUAAAUUGAAGGAAAUCAAGCAAAAUGACUUGAAAGGGUAUCCAAAUUUACAGUAUUUAAUGAUGGCUCGAAAUGAACUUGAAGUCCUUGAAAAUGAUUUAUUUAAGCACAAUAAAGACCUGAUUUAUAUUAAUGUGAAUGAAAAUAAAUUGAAAAAAAUUGACGAAAACAUUUUUGAUGACUUGAAGCAGCUGAACUUCCUGAAUUUACUAUCCAAUGACUGCAUUCAGAUGUUUGGACAUGGAAAAAAUCGAGUUGCAAGGAUCAUCAAAAAUGUUAAGGAAAAAUGCUCAGAAAGGAAGAAGAAAGUAAAAGGAACUGGUUGGCUGAUUUUCAAGAGUUGGAUUUUUUGGUGUUGCUUGGUUUUGGUUGUUUUGGUGAUUUUUGUGGUUGCUGGAUUUAUUGUGGUGAAGGCAAACUGA